AGGCACCAUUUGCCAUAACUAAAUAGUUACAUUGUACAUCAAGUAGGAAGAAUUAUUUUAAUUGGUAGUCCACCGCGCUCGGCGGAGAGUUCAUCUUCGUCAAACCCCCCCUGUACGCUUUGAAUGCAACAAAGUGUAACCUUUGAAUAUCCCGUCUCAUCCAACAGAUGUGGAUACUGCCCGGGAGCUGCCCAGCUGAGGUGAAGGGGAGGGCAGAAGAUCCCAGUUCAGCCUGAGUGUGGACGACCUGCCCCCAGAAACAGGACCAUGAUCUGAAAAGCGUGCUGCACACAGAGCCCCGUACUUCCUCUCUUCCUUCUCCCUCUUUUUUUUUGAUUUUAUUUUUUUCAAUCUUUGUAGUGAAAGCCUCCCUGCCUGCGUGCUCCAAACAGGGUCAGUGUGCACAGAGAGGGCAAACUGAAAGUGAAUAGAGAUUCAAGAGGAGGAAAAGCAACAGCAGCCAUCCGUGACCUCAGACCUUGUCACUUUCCCCUGAUCCUCCCACUGCAACACCUGAACCAUGGGGAGGAAAAAGAUCCAGAUUCAGAGGAUCACUGACGAGCGCAACAAGCAGGUGACGUUCACCAAGAGGAAGUUUGGUUUGAUGAAGAAGGCGUACGAGCUGAGCGUCCUGUGCGACUGCGAGAUCGCUCUCAUCAUCUUCAACCACUCCAAUAAGCUGUUCCAGUACGCCAGCACCGACAUGGACAAGGUCUUGCUCAAGUACACCGAGUACAACGAGCCACACGAGAGCCGGACUAACGCUGACAUUAUUGAGACGUUGCGAAAGAAAGGCUUUAAUGGCUGCAACAGCCCUGAGCCCGACGGCGACGACUCCAUCGACCAAAGCCCGCUAAAUGAGCGCAAGACUGAGGACCUCGACAGCCUCUUCAAACGCUAUGGCGUGAGUACAAUCACAUUUUUGUCACGUUAUCUAACCUACCCUUUCUUUUCUUCUUCUCCUUUUUUUCUCUAUCUACUCUCCUUUCUCUCUCUCUUCCUCUGUCUGCCUUCUUUUUCUUUUGUUUGGGGAACGAAGGCUCUGAACAAGAAAGAGCACCGGGACUCUGAGAGCCCAGACCCCGAGGAGCCCUUCUCCCUCACCCCCCGCACUGAAGAGAAAUACAAAAAAAUUGACGAGGAGUUUGAUAAAAUGAUGCAGAACUAUAGGCUGUCAUCUACGGUCCCACAGCCCACCUUCUCCAUGCCAGUCACCGUGCCAGUAUCCAACCAGAAUGCAGCGGCGGCAGCCCUUCAGUUCAGUAACAACCCUGCCGGCGCCCUGGUCACCACCACCUCCUUUGUCACCUCCACCCUCACAGAUCCCAGGCUCCUCUCGCCACAGCAACCAGCUCUGCAGAGAAACACCGUGUCACCGGGGUUACCACAGCGACCAGCCAGCGCAGGUGCUCUGUUAGGAGGAGAUUUGGGAAACUCUAAUGGAGCGUGCCCGAGUCCAGUUCCUAAUGGCUACAUCAGUGCCAGGGCCUCCCCAGGCCUCCUCUCUGUAUCCAAUGGCAACAGCCUGGGGAAGGUAGUCCCAGCCAAGUCUCCACCUCCACCCAGCCCUCAGAUGGUCAACAGCCGUAAGCCGGACCUGAGGGUCAUCACCUCGCAGAGUGGCAAGAGCCUCAUGCAGCUGACUGAGGAAGAGCUGGAGUUGGUGAGUGAGAAUGCUCAGCGGCUAGGUGGCUCCCAGGUGGCACAGCCACUCACCACACCAGUGGUCUCCGUGGCAACACCCAGUCUCCUAGCGCCCUUCUCUGGCAUGCAGACGGCCUACAACACUGAGUACCAGCUGACGAGUGCAGAUCUCACAGCGCUCCAGACGUUCACGCCACCAGGGCUGGUGCCUGGCAACAUGGCUGCUUGGCAACAGCAACAGCAACCAGCAGUCUCUCAGCAACAACAGCAGCAGCAGCAACAGCAACAGCAACUGAGCUUGGCAUCACUCAGUAACUUGGUCAUGUGGGGUGCAGAGAAACAGAAUGCGGAGAUGGUUAACUGCAUCUCCAAUUUUGCUGCUAACCUGAGGCAAGUGGGAGUGCAGGGUGCUGCACUGACAGUCAACACAAAUCCCAACGUCAACAUCAAGUCCGAACCUGUCUCACCAAACCGCGACCGCAGCACUCCCAGCUCCAUCAGUGGGGUGGUUGGAGGUGGAGUGGGCCAGAGUCAAGUCCAGGGACAAGGUCUGGUGUCCGUUGCUUACCCUGGUACUCUGCGUCUUGAAGCAGGAGGCCAAGGCCGCUCACCCGUUGACAGUCUCAGCAGCAAUGGCAGCUCAUAUGAAGGCAGCGACCGGGACGAUGGCACCCAGGGUCGAGGUGGGGGUCCGGACUUUCACCACCAGGUUGGUGCCGGAGCCCAGCAGCCCACCAUGGUCCUCCUGCGGCCCUCGUCAGCAGAGCCUCAAGAACAAGAUGGGACCAACGUCAAGAGAAUGAGACUGGAUACCUGGGUCACAUAAAUAGAUCAAUGAACAGAUGGAGGAUGGAGAUGUGUACUUGUGGAUUGUGUACAUGCCCCACCAGCUCCAACAGCCCCAAUCCCCACCUUGCGUGCACACAGACAUAAUACAGCCACCACCAACUCAGUAACCUGCUGUUAACACAGUAAACCUCACAUGCAUACAUACACAACACAAGGAUGCUAUCAUAUUCUCAUGUCGCACAUGUGGACACUCACUCGUAUGGCAAUGUGCAUUCACCUUUGAACUGUAAUGUAUUCUCACUGACACACAGCAAACCCAACAAGAGCAGGAAUUAUUUAUCAAAAUAAAGACCAUGCUGGACAUCAUUCAGCUGGAUUUGGAUAGACGUGAAUGAGUUUGUAAUCAGGCCACAGUGGUUAGGAACACAUGGACUUCUUGACAGUUUCUGGAAAAGCAGACAAGCCAGACUUUGUUUCCCAGCAUGCCCUGGCAUGAUUCACGGCUGGGGGCGAUCUCCCACCUCCAUAUCCAUACUGCCUGUUUAUCCACAGUAGAUUUUGAUCAAAUAUGACAGCACUGUAUUAAAACAGCGCCACCCAAUGAGUCCACAUCUUUGUACACAUCCGCCCAUCCACAGCUGUAUUGCUAUCACUCUAGAUUUUUGUUUGUUUUCUGAGAGGAGCGGCUUUGCUCUUUUUAAAGCGUGGAGUUUUGUCCUUCUGUCUUGACUGUUGACAUUUAGAGUUUGGAUUCGUUUUGAAUAUGAAGACACUAAAAUAACUCGCCUCCCUCCUCAGUCAAGUCGGCCGGCAUUUGGUCCCGUAUGAGAAUGGUGACGCCCGGGUCUUUAUUUCAUCAGAACCACGCAGGCGAGCUGUGAAACGAGGAACGUGAUUUGUUGCCGAGGUAAAAGACUGCUUUUCUUUGAAUCAGGGACGAGCUGCCACAGCUCAACGACACAUGACGCAGAUUCUCCUCGUUUCGCCCACAUCGUGUCAACUACAGAUGCUGAGAAAGGUGUGUGCGUGUGUGUGUGUGUGUGUGUGUAUACGGGUUUGUUACCUCAGUGUUUUUUUGUUUUUGUUUUGUUUUUUUAUAAACCAACUGAAUUUGGAUAAAUCUUCACUUUCAAUUUUGUCCUUGAACACACACCUGCAACGCACACAGGUGAAAUUAUUUUUGUGAAGCAAUUCAUGUUUUGAAUAGAUAGCUGAUGUUCAAAGGGGAGAAUCGUGAGGUACCGUGUAUAUAAGCAAUCUGUAACCUUUGUGGCUUUUGUGUGACAGGGAUAAGGUUUUGUUUUUUUUGAAGGUUAAAAAAAGAAAUCAUAUUCAAGUAUAUAUUUAAACAGCUUCAGGCAGUAGCAAGGGCAGCUCUGCAUCUGUGGCAAGAGACUACACCAGACGACAGGGAUUGUAUAUAUAAACUAUAUAUUCGGCAGGAUAUCCCUUAAGGAAGCAGAAAAAAAGCAAACGUUGAUUCUCAGUGGAUCGGUCUCUUUUAUAUUAUUAUUAUUUAUGUAUGUAUAUAAAGUGUAAUAUGUGGACAAGCCCAGAGAGGGUGUUGUAGAGGCAGUAAAGGAAGACGUAGCCGCGGUGACUCGGACUGUUUUGAGUGAGCAAUGAUUAGGACUCUGUCACUGAUGGAGGGCACUUUACCUUAACUCCCACCUCUGACACGCACACACAGCGCGCACACACUAGAGUUGGACUGAUAUGCUUGGCUGGAUAAAACCUAAAAAUCGGAUAAUGGCAGGUACAAGUAACAUAUUGCACUCAGUAUUCUCAAAAUUCACUUUUAAUGUAGUUUAAUUGACAUAAUUUAUGAACUAUGGUAAUUUAGUUUGAUAACAAAAAAUAUAAGCAAAAAAUAAUACCUUUUUCCCCCUCCUGAUUGGCUGCCCCUCACAAACAAAAGACUUGAACAGCAGGUAGCUGCUGACUGUACAGAACCAAGAGUAGAAAAAAGAAACUGAACUGAACAUUUAGGGCAGUCUGAAGAGGUUACUUGUCAUGUUUAAUGUGAGCAUCCAUAAUUUAGAUGUGGAAAUGUGAAAGAAAACAAAGGAAAGCGCAAUAAGUUCUAUUUCCUAUUUUAAAGUUUGCAACUUUAAAACCUAAUUUGAUCGUUAAAAAAUGGAAGUUGUUUUUUUUUUACUAAUAGCUGAGUAACACUACCUGUUGAAUUACUUUCAUCUUUCAUAUGAAGUUUAUAUAGAAGCAUUCAUUUGAAAGUUGCUAAAAAUUACAGAUUAUUAAAAAGCUGCAAAUCCUGUUUUAUCUUUUAUAAGUUUAACAUCUCACAAUCUAAUUUCCAUAUAGUGGAGUUUUUUGCACAUGCAACCACUGGGUCUUUUUUUUUGUUUGUUUAUGCUUUUUGCAACUUGAGUGCAUAAAUGCAAGUGUUAUCCAUUUCAACAAUAUCAGUCAAACUCUAAAACACACACAUACAGAUAGUUUAUGAUUAAGCAAGCCAAGGAUUUCCCUUGACCCCCAUUUUUCAUUUUAGAGGUUUACCUUUUCCUCCUAUUAAAAGCCAUGUUUCUAUAUUUAAAGGAUCUCUCCUUUGCCUGUCACUGGUUGGCUGCAAUUUUAUAUUAUGGAGAGUUAACAAGACUAUGAAGGAAAGAAAGAGAAGUGAAGGAUGUCAUUUUUCUACUCUAUAAAGGUGGCAACGGUUGAUUUAUGGUUUUAAGGGUUAGAUUUUUUUUUUUUUAAGACGUGGUGGUCAAAAGUGCAAAUUCAUGUAUUUAUUUUGCAUAAAAGCACUCUCAGCCUCCGUCCAUUUGCUUGUUAAAAGCACUGGAACUUGGGUGUCAUUUGUCACUAAGCCGGAGGUUUCAGAAUGACUCUUGAUCUUUUAAUGACUACCUCCCAAAUCCAACGCAGACUUGUCGACUUUAGGUUUUACCACAUCCAGCUACCACAUCCUUCUCAUGGGCAGGCCCUCGUCACCUCUCUCACCCUCGUCACUCUUUUGAUUUGUUGGGGGGGGGGGUGUUCCUCCUCCCUGGAAGCUUAAUCUCAAAAUGCCCCUCACAAAAACACACACAUGUCAUUACACACUCCUUUUCUGUUCACUUCGUGUAUAGUGGGUAUCAGCGCUGAAAUGGCAUGUCAAAUUAUUUUGGGGUCAUUUCCACGAGUAACACAACCACCUCCCCCCCCUGCUCCGUUCCACUUGCAGCUCCAUCUCACACUGCUGCCAUCAUCGGCCCCUCAGUUCAUCAGUGAUUUCUCAUUUCCUUUUUCUCCGUCUGUCACUCACUCACUCUCUCACGCACACACAUACACACAAACACACUCAUCCUCUGUGACAAGUCUGAGUGUCAAUAUUGCUUUUCUGAGCACUUGGCAGAGUGAACAUAAAUCCCCAGAGUGUAAACACUUUGACUGUUAAGACUGUUGUGCCCCGAGCUUUGAACAAAAAACUAAAAACUAAAAAAAAAAACAAAAAAAAAGCUAAAAAUAUAAAUAAACAAACAAAAAACUUGACCCUACGUUUAAGUCUGCAAGUCACAGGUUUGUCUAAGAAAUGAGAUUGUUUGUCAGUGAGCAGGUGAGAGUUCUCAUGAAGUCCCCACAUGUUCUUUAGAACAACACUGGGGGAUCGUCGUAAUUACACAACAGACAAUCGUGCUGAGAAACCGUUCCAAGAACUUGCAUCCCCCACGAAAAAGCGAUACAUGCUCCUGUAUAAUGAUGUUUAGAAGUCUCACUCACUUUCCAGUGUUAAUUUGUGCUGGUGACAGUCUGUUUUUAAUUGUUCUCUGACAAUUGAUAUUAUUAUUAUUAUUGUUAUCAUCAUUACCACAGCCACACUGCUGGUAGCUGUCGUGAUGAUAUAGAAAUCUUUUUUUUUUUUUUCUGUUUUUCUUUUGGGUUUUUUUGUGUAGGUUAGACAUCUUGUUUUCUUUGGAAUUUUAUUUUAUUAUAUAAGAAUAUUCUAUAAAUAUAUUUUUGCUUUCUCUUUUUGGGAUUUUUCUUUCUUCUUCAAAAAGGGUGUUACUAAUGUUGCACGAUUUUUAUGACACGUAACAAGCAACACACAAAAGUAGUGAUGUUAGUUUCCACGUGUGGCUGUGGAUGGAGGUGCUGAAAGAGUCGACAAACCGCUUCAAUGCUGCAAACUUUGAGUCCAAUGUACAAACCUCUUAGUCCUGGGGGGGGUGGGCAGCGUGACACGUCUAACUUAUUUCUGACCAGACACAAUUAUGUCAAUGCAUGGGCGUUUCAAAGCAAGAGAAAGUGUGAAUCAUGUUAUAGGAAAUAAAAUGUAAUAUUGACACAAAAACACAUCACACAGGAUAACAUUUAAGAGAAAAAAAAAAUGAAAUGGAGAAAAAAGUUUAAAUAAAUUAUAGCUAAUAUAUUGUGUUCGGCUAGUCUGCUUUUUUGUUGUAAAGAUAAUUUUUUUGUUGUUUUUGGAGAAUGAUAUACAAUUUGUGUAUAUUUUCAUAAAUAAAGUAUGCACUGAUAUGUUAUUACAAAUUCUAUACUGCUUUUACAAAAAAAAAAGUGUUUGUUAUUGUACCAAAGUAUCCAUUGGUCCCCUCUUACCCUCCCCUUUUUGCGUAUGUUUUACCGUAUUUUAUAUAUUAAAUAGACAAGUUGACCUACAG